UCUGCCACCCCAUUUUGGAUUGGAUUUAUUUGGUUAUGCACUUAGUUUUUUUGUCAAUAAAGUUUUGAAGUGAGACGUCAUGUUAGCUGUUAGCUCUGCAGUGCACACCGUCUUUAGCUUUAGUUUGGUGUUUGACCAGCUUCAGUGCUGUUCGUGUGUGUGGGAAAAGGACGCAUCAGCAUCAGCAGAGCUCUAUAGUGUAUGAUUUAAUGUCAUCAUAUCGCCCACUUCUAUCAGGACAAAUGAGGUGAAAUUGGAUCAUUUCCCAUGGCACACCUGACACUCUCUCACGACUCACUCGUUGAAACACACUGCCUUAAUAAACGGCCUUUGAUGUUUCAUUUGUGGUCCGCCAUCAUUGCCACAUACAGCAAAUAUGAAACAUGAGUAUGCCAGUAUUGUACUGGUCUGUCUGCCAGUGUCAUGGCGACACAUUCAAUACACUGUAUGAAGUUCUGUUGAAGUGUUUGCAGGUCAAAGGAAGCAUUUUACACCUUGUUUAUAAUUAACCACAGACAGCUUCCUGGAACUGGAAUUUUUUCUGCUUUUCAAGUAGAAUUUUUGAGAGUUUUUAUAGUAUAUAUGGUUGUGGGCCCCGAGGCAGUCUAAUGCUUAUCGCUCUUGGGUUCAAUUUCUGACACCCUGAGCAGGACUAAGCGAUGGUCAUAUAGUCAUAUUUAACUGGAACAGUCCCAGAUGGAGUGGUGUUUGCUUGUCUCUUAGCAAGAACCAUUGAUCUCACUCACGAUGACUUGCUACAAUUGUCAAUUUUAGCUGCCACCCUAUUCUUGACCCUGUGGGGCUUACCAUGAUGCUUUUCAUUGUUUGUAAUAUGGUGCAUUCUUUAUUUUGAGUGGCGUGUUUCAAUGGUAAAAAUCAGAUUUUUUCCCAUCAAUAUAUCCAUUUACUCUCAUAAAAUAAAUGUUUUUCAGCAUUAUUUAAGUGGAAUUAAAAUGUAUUUUGGGUUUAGAAAACAAGAUUACACAAGAAAGGUAAAAAAACAGUUGAAUUUGCAGUGACGUCUGCAAAGCAUCAAUAGAACAUGGAUUUCCAUCGAAUCUUCUGGGGUUUUCAGGAUGGCACAGCUUUCAGGAUCAAGAACUUAGAUGCGCAAAGGAUUUUAUCAUUCAUUAUCUAACUGCAUAUUGUAGAUUGGUCUGGGCACCUGGUGUGGUGCUCCCCCUUCAUUCCUGAUUUUUCUUUACCACCACAUCGGUUCUGAAUUGUAAAAGGUCUGACAUUUUCUUUUUUUCCUGCCCGGGGCUCCCUCUGUGCACACACUGCUCCCGAAUUGUACAAUAGGCCCUGACCCCCUGUCACGUAGCCCUUUCUACAGAUAACAUCAAACGGCUUCCCCGAAAAUAAAUGUUAUCAGGAGAGGUGCACACUGUAUGCUCUGAAGACACUGUCUCAUGCUAGAUGAUGGGUAUCAUUGUGGCUGUGUGUGUUUGUGAGUUUGUGCACAUGUAGAUACAACUAGUGGAGUGGAGGGGGGAUGGCCAGAGAGGGGAUUGGGCAAAUAGUGAGAAGAGAAGUGGAAAUGGCAGAGAUAAAGACUCGCUGGUAUAAAUAUCAGAGACCUGAGGGAGUGGGUGCAUCAGCUCAGACGGGGAGACGCUCAGCCAGCAGAGAGGAAAACCGCCGGGUGAAGGAGCAGGGAAGGAGUAAGCAUUGCACGCAAUGGGAAACACAGCCAGAGGGAUGCUUGCUGUUUUAGUCUGCCUCCUUGGUGCCAGUGUGCCGGGAAUGUCUGCAUACAACAGUGGGGAGUGUUUCUUCAACACUAAAGGAAGCUGUGAGCACAAUGGGCAGAUAUACAGUAUUGGAGAGAGUUGGAUCACCGCUGACUGUUUCCAGUGUAUCUGCAUGGAGCCGUUUGGAGUGGGCUGCUGCGACCACGGGUCUAAGCCAGUGGACUACCCAGACUGGUGUGAAAUCAUCCGCAAACCAGACUCGUGCACCAGUGUUGCUGUGAUGAGAGCCAACCAUAAGCUCCCGUGUCUCUGGGGACGAGGACGCCUCAGACCUGCUGCUGGCCAGCCGUGGAUUUCUGACAACGGUCCUUUAUUUUGAGUCACGAAAUGCUCAGGCGUUAUUUGUUCUGGGAUAAUCUAGCAUAAUUUAUUUUCAGGAUAUUUAUUCUUUG